AUGGAGUGUUGCAGGAGGCCGAACCGGAGCGACGUUCAUUUGUCGAAGGAGGAAGAGGCAAAGAUCGAGGGGGAGACGAGAGAGCACUUCAAUGGCUUAGCACCGAGACGUCACACUAAGCCUCAGCGCAGCGAGUACUCUUCUAAUUACACUGAUGUUCUCUCCAAUGGUGAUGACAAUGGCGUCACUCCGGAAUAUGCUGAGUUUCAGCGUCUUGAAAAUGUUUCCCAGAAACUGGUUUAUAAUGGAAGUGAAGUGGCAGAGGAGUUUGUGGAAACAGAAUACUACAAGGAUCUCAACGGCAUUGACAAGCAACACCACACGACAGGAACAGGUUUCAUCAAAGCAGAGAACACCAAUGGCGAGUCCUUAAGACUUGCACCCGAUUCUGAAACUUGCUGCCACGCCUCGUGCAAGGGGAACCCAGCAACUAAUGACUGGAUUCCUGCUGCUGCUGAUAUGAUGAAUUUCGCCUCUGACAAGCCCAAAAGGAGUGAAAGCUGA